AUGGAAAAUUCAAUCGCGAAUAAUAAUAGAUCAGAUACACAAUAUUACAACAAUUCUACAACGCAAAAUAAAUUACAAAAGCAAGUCGAGAAUUCAUCAUAUGAAAGUACAAUAACAUUUGAUGAUUCACAAGAAAAAUCAAUCGCGUCAUACUCUGAUAAGCGUCAAACAAGAAAACAAGUAUACAUCUCUGGCUUAACCUUAUUCAUCGUAGCGAACAAUUUAUGCGCUGUUUCAAAAAAUAUUUGGAUAUAUCGUAGCACGUGCGCUUCAAGCUUGUGGUGUGGCCGUAGUCAUAUGUAUCGGUGGUGGUAUUUUCCGAUAUCUUCUCUGAUCAUGAUCAAGCGUAUGGUACCUUCUUCUUUGGAAGAGAGGCAGAGGGCUUAUUGGACCAUCUCACCCUCAAUGAGAACUGUAUCAAUGAAAACAGAAUCUAUAAUAACCACGAUAAAAAUCAAUAAAUUUAAUCCAAUCGAACCUUUAACACUUUUAACUUAUCCUAAUGUUGCUUUAUUAGUUUUCAACAAAGUUAUAAUGACGAUAACUCUUUACAUUCAAAAUUUAUUAAUUGGAGAUUUAUUAUCAGCAGCUUAUGGAUUGACUUCCUCGUCCUUUACCUUGUACCUGGGUCAGGAUAUAUAA